AUGGUUAAGCUCACCCAGAUCGACGACGCCGACGUCGCCCAGUUCGAAAAGGUCGAAGUGACCGCCCCCGUUGUUGCCGACGAGUCGGACUCGGAACAGGACGACCUGGACUUCGACGACGACUUCGACUUGGAAAACGAAACUAUCUACGAAAGAAUCGUCGCCCUCAAAGACAUCAUUGCCCCCGAACAAAGAUCGCAGAUUGUCAAUGCCGGGGAAAACGUCAAGGCGUGGGCGUCGCUGGCGUUCCAAAAGACGGGUAACUUCUUGUGGAUUGUCACCUCGCUGGCGCUUUUGCUCGGGGUCCCCUUGACGUUGCUGAUCCUCGCCGAAACCCAAUUGCAAGAAAUGGAAAAGGAAAUGUCGUUGCAACAAUCGGCGCAAGACGUGCUUGCUCCCGGGACCGAGGGGGCGUUCGCCGAGAAGAAGUAA